UGAUUGUGACGCACGAACAAGCGAUUCCAUUUAUUUCUGUCACAGUCAGAUUUUUCCACAAAGCAUCAUAUACGUUUGUUGGAAUCGGCUCGGGUGCCAAGAUGGAUCCGUGUGGCUGCUCUAAAUCUGGAUCUUGUGACUGCGGGCAAAACUGCAAAUGCACCGACUGCAAGUGCGCACCUAGCAAGAAAAGUUGCGGCAGUUGUCCAUCUGAAGGCAGUAAGGACAAGAAGGGCUGCGAGAGCGCCUGCAAGGACAAGGAGAAGUCGUGCGAGACACGCUGCUGCAAAUAAGUCUAGUAUAACACUGUGAUUUAUUAAUAAUAAUGAAAAAACCCACAACAAUUCUAUAAUGUACUUUCGCAUUUGUUGUGCGUAUUAAUGAAAUGAAAGGAUUCAUUUUGAUUUCUAAUGUUAUUCUUCAUCCAUACAGGAUAAAUAUAGUAUAAAAACUUAAUAGCUCACGUACAUUAAAUAUACCACAAGGUACAAACUAAUAAUAGUCUGCCUAAAUUGAAAGAAAAGAGCAGCUUGUUGCCGAAACCAAACACAAAAAAAAACAAACAAAAAAUGUGUAUAAUUCUGACAAUGUUACAGUACUAAAAGGAAUGAGGUUUGACCUGUCUUUUAAAAUGUAUACAAGGUGUCUGCUUUCUGUUUUGGUUAGACCAGGGGCUUUCAAACUUACUGAUGCUAAGAACAUUCAAGGGACUUCAUUCUUGGAAUAUAAAUGGCUGUUUAACAUGUAUAAAUUUGACACUGUAUGUAUUAAGUGUGACAUUAAAAAGACAACCUGAUUCAA